AUGAGUGUUUCCAAGCUUUUAAGGGAAAGAGUUAGGUACGCACCUUACCUAUCAAAAGUUAAAAAGGCAAGUGAUUUAGUUCCACUUUUUAAAAAUGGACAAUAUUUGGGAUGGUCAGGAUUUACAGGUGUUGGCGCUCCCAAGGCUAUUCCAGAGGCGUUAGCAGAUCAUGUAGAAAAGAAUGGUUUACAAGGUCAAUUGGCAUUUAACCUGUUUGUGGGUGCAUCAGCUGGUCCGGAGGAGUCGCGCUGGGCUGAAAAUAAUAUGAUUCUAAGGAGAUCGCCACAUCAAGUGGGAAAACCAAUUUCAAAAGCAAUUAAUGACGGGAGGAUAGAGUUUUCCGAUAAGCAUUUGUCUAUGUUUCCUCAGGAUUUAACGUAUGGCUAUUAUACCAAGAAUAGAACCGACGGUAAAAUUUUAGAUUUCAGUGUUAUUGAAGCCACCGCCAUUAAAGAGGAUGGUUCGAUUGUUCCGGGUCCAUCUGUGGGUGGAUCACCUGAAUUUGUGGAAGCGAGCGACAAAUUAAUCAUUGAAGUUAAUACGGCAACACCCAAUUUCGAGGGUAUACACGAUAUUGAUAUUAUUGCACCACCGCCAUACCGUCAACCAUUACCUUAUACUAGAGUAGAUGAAAAAUGCGGCAGAAAUUCUAUUCCUGUAGAUCCUGAAAGGGUUAUUGCAUUAGUGGAGACUACUCAAAAGGAUAAAGUCCCUGACAAUUCACCAUCUGAUGAGAUGUCAAAAGCUAUUGCUAACCAUUUAGUGGAAUUCUUUAGGGAUGAGGUUAGACACGGCAGAAUGCCAGAAAAUUUACACCCAUUGCAAAGUGGUAUUGGUAACGUUGCUAAUGCUAUUAUUAGUGGAUUGACAGAUGCAAAUUUCAGAAACUUAAACGUAUGGACCGAAGUCUUACAGGAUUCUUUCCUAGACCUGUUUGAAAAUGGAUCUCUAGAUUUUGCUACUGCCACAUCUGUUCGUCUAACACAACCUGGAUUUGACCGCCUCUUCAAGAAUUGGGAUUUCUUCAAAGAAAAGUUGUGUCUAAGGUCUCAAGUAGUUUCCAAUUCCCCUGAAGUCAUUCGUCGUUUGGGCUGUAUUGCUAUGAAUACGCCUGUUGAAGUUGACAUUUACGCACAUGCAAACUCGACGAAUGUCAAUGGUUCUCGUAUGUUAAACGGUUUAGGUGGUUCUGCCGAUUUCUUAAGGAAUGCCAAACUGUCUAUUAUGCAUACACCAUCUGCAAGAGCAACAAAGAAGGAUCCAACUGGUAUCUCAUGUAUUGUACCUAUGGCUUCUCAUGUGGAUCAAACCGAACACGAUUUAGACGUUAUCGUUACAGACCAAGGUUUAGCAGAUGUGAGAGGUAUGGCUCCAAGGGAAAGAGCAAGAGAAAUUAUCAACAAAUGUGCCCACCCUGAUUACAGAGAUAUGUUAGCAGACUAUCUGGAAAGAUCAGAACAUUACGCUUUGAAGCACAACUGUUAUCACGAACCCCACAUGCUAAAGAACGCUCAUAAGUUCCAUACCAACCUUUUGGAGAAGGGUUCUAUGAAAGUAGAUGCAUGGGAACCUGUGGACUAA